AAAAAAAAGAAACAAAAGUCGAUUAGGGUAUCGACUAUUACUCUCCUCGUCUUCUCCGCCGAAAGGAUAAGCUCUCCCAUGGCGAUUUCAAUGGCGAUUUCUGUUACAGAUUGAAGAAUUGGGGAUUUGUUCUUACUCAACGAAAACCUCGGUGGCUCUCCUUCCUCUUCUACCAUCAAUUUCAUCACCAUCUCACGUUUCUAAACAUUAGGUAUGUCUCAAGAGUUACCAAAACGCCUUUUUAAGCCGGGUGAGGAGACUCAAGUCAGUCAGAUCAAUAACAACUGCAGGAUGGUACUGUAUCUCAAAAGGUUGGAGGAAUGGCUGCCAAAGGAGUUGAACGAAGUGAAGAAAGAUCGGGUUUUUGCUCCGAUUUUCAAGUUGCACGAGAAUGGUUUGGGUUACUCGGCGAGGGUGAUACACAGUUUCUUGUGUAGGGAGCUCGUGACUUACAAAACACAUGAGCUUUGGUUUGUCUUUGCGAGGAGAGCACUCCGGUUUUCGUUGAUGGAGUACCAUGCUGUUACCGGGCUUGAGUGUGAUGCUAGUCUCUCCCUUAAGGAGCCGGUUGACUGGGAAGAUGAUGGUGGUUUCUGGAGCUUAGUCAUUAAGAGUAAUAAAGGAAUUUCUAUGUUGGAGUUAUGGAAUAAACACAGGUUAGCUGUUAAGAAGUGGAGUAAUGCUGAUCGAAUUAGGCUGGUGUAUCUUUGCAUCAUUGUGUGUAUGGUUUGCGCGAGAGAUCAGAAGGCAAAUAUCCCCAUCAAGUACAUCAAGUUGGUCAUGGAUCUUGAGAAGGUCCGAAAGUACCCUUGGGGAGUUGCUUCUUUCGACCUUCUAUGCGAGUCAAUAGGUAAAACACGAGACAACUUGAAGGAGAAGACUACGAGUUACGUGUUAGAUGGCUUCUCCUACGCUCUUCAGAUUUGGGCAAUGGAAGCAAUUCCAAAAAUUGGAAAGCUCUGUGGAAGAAAACUGAACAAAAGUUUUAAGAACGGUCCUAGAUGCGUAAACUGGAUGGGAGCUGCAAAGAUUUCAUACCAGGAGCUCAUUCAUUUGGAGAACAUCUUCACACCCACGGAUGAGCUCUAUCCAUACAUCUCGUGGACAGGCAAUUGUGAUGAAGUUGAUAGUAUAACUUUUCUGAGAGAAGAUGAGGUGGAGGAUGAUAGAAUCAAGGUUCUCAAGAGGAUGAUAAUGGCUAACCAUGACUUCAGUGAUCAUACUUGGGAGUAUGAAGAGACAAUAGUCUUUUCAUUUGGGCUUGAUGACAAAGAAGUUGGGAGCGAUCAAGCAGGUGGGAGCGAUGAUGGUGAAGCUGGGAGCUAUGAAUCAGGUGGGAGCGAUGAUGAUUUUCGAACUCCAAAAGGAUCAGCAAACAUAGGCUCCAGAGCUACAAAGGGAAAGAAGAGGCUUCCGGAUCGUGGAAUGGAAAAAAGGAAGCAGAAGGUUCUACAUACUAGAGCACAACAGGCUCCGUUUGAUGAAGAUAUGAAGGAGUUUGUGGCAAACUUGUUUCAGCAGAAUUUUGCUGCGAUGGAGCAGAGGCUAGAGAAACAGAUGGGUGAAAGGUUUGAGGAAAUAAAGUCUGAGCUUAAAGUUCUACGUAGGGAUUCAAGCGUGGAAGUUGAGCCAUCUGCGAGCAAGCCAUCGCCUAGCAACCCAUCGCCUAACAAGCCAGCGUCUAGCAACCCACAGCCUAGCAAGCCAGCGUCUAGCAACCCACCGAGGAGGUCCAACCGCUUGGAUGAGAAUUUCAGUCAAGCGGAUGAUAUGGACGAACCAAUAGGUACGCAAGGCCUUGAUGGGCUUUCUCAAGCCUCGUUCGUACCCGAUAUUGAUCCAUCACAGACCAAUAACGACAAGGAUGCAAGUGAUUGGUGGACUCCAAUGACUACUGUCCGAAAACUACCAAAAGGGGGAUCAAAGCAAGAAAAUGCAGCUCCAACAUCGGCAAAGUGGGAUAGAUGGUGUAGAGAACCAAGCAGGAAGCUUCAGCUUAGUGACUCACCAAUGGCAGAUGAUGGUUCUCCACAGGCGUCAUUGUAUUAUUUCACCGAAGAAUCGUGGGAUCGAUUCACCCAAUGGUCUAUGAACCCAACAGCUUUGAGGAUUGGUCCCUCUGUCUUUAAUUUGACCGUCGCUCAGAGAAUAGUUUGUGCUGGCAAAUGGCUUGGAAACGAGGAAAUGGAUGCGAUGAUGUAUAUAUGGCGAGAGAAGACAUCUUUGAGGCGCUGGAAUAUAGACCGAGUUGCUUUCAUGAACGCCAUGUUCUGCCUCCAGGUCGAGAAUGAAUACCAGAAGUGUAGAGACGACAAAAGAGGCUACGUAGUACCCAAUCUUCUUCUUGCUUAUGGGAGAGGAGAGCUUCCAUCUCAUGGGCGGACUAAUAAAGUCUGGGGUGUCGAUGUCGAUCGUCUCUACUUUCCUCUGUUUGUAAAUGGUAAUCAUUGGGUCUCUGUAUGCGUCAACAUGAUUGAGAAGAAAGUGGAAGUCUAUGAUUGCGGUCGGGGAAGGAAUAGGCAAUACGUAGAAAAGUUUGCUACUAUGAUUCCUAGAAUUGUGAAGGCCGUGGGUCCAUCUAAGAGCAAGCUACUCCUGUCAUCAUAUUCGAUUGUAGAUAUGCCUAUGCAGACAAGGUUGAACAAGUCUUGUGCUGAUUGCGGGGCAUACGCACUCAAACACUUGGAGUGCAUCCUUCUUGGUCUCGACAUCAGUUUAGUGGAGGACGGAAUAAUGCCUGGUUGCCGACAGAAGAUUGCUUAUGAUAUAUGGGAGGCUGCUCAUGAUCCCAUUUUAAUCCAGCUUAUGGCACAACAUAUUCCUUCGGAGUUUGAGUCUUCUGCUUCUUAUGAUCUUGAAGAAGACUGA